GCUCCGAGUCAUGGAUUCUCUCUAGAGAAGCUCCCACGGUGGAAAAGCUUUGAAGCUGACAGUAUUUUUCUUCUCUGGAUGUCGACCGGAGGCUGCAGGAUGCUGUGGCUGCUGCUCUGUCUGCUUCCUCCGCUGGACGGCAGCAGAAUCGUGGCCCAGGACGUCACGUAUCAGGAAAGACACAGUCACGAGGAGGUUGCCGUGGCGACGAGGCCUCACAUCUACCACUGCCGCUCGCCCAACAUGGAGGACUUCAGCUGCUGGUGGCAUCCUCUGGACAACCUGACGGAGGGAGAGCGGGUCAGCUACGUCCUCAGCUACUCCAUAGAACACGAGUGUCCCGACUACGUGAGUGCCGGCCCCUUCAGCUGCCACUUCGACAGCAGCCACACCUCCAUAUGGAAGAUCUACUGCCUGAACGCCACCGCCGUCACCGCCCACGGGAACUACACUUCCCAGGAGCACUGCCUGGACGUGGCAGAGAUAGUUCAGACCGAGGCUCCGGUGAAUCUGACCUACGAGCUGAUGGACGCCGGCGGGGACGAGAUGGGCCACAGCGCCGUGCUGACCUGGACCUACCCGGUGCCCUCUGACCUCCAGUACGGAUGGAUCACGCUGGUGUACGAGCUGCAGUACCGACGCGUCACCGAGCCCGACAACUGGAAGGUGAAGCAUCCUCUCCGGGAGCCCCGGGUGGAGCUGCUGGGCCUCCCCGUCGGGGACUACGUGGUCCGGGUCCGCUGCCGGUCCCACAACUACGGCCUGUGGAGUGAAUGGAGUGCUCCUCUGCCCAUGAGCCUCCCCGCCAGGCCGCCGGCAGGUAAAGUGGUGGUUCUGGUUCUGGUGACGGCCGUCGCCGUGGUGACUCUGCUGGUGAUCCUGUUUGGUGUCAUUCCACAGGGAAAGAGAAUAAAAGACUACUUCCUGCCUCCGAUUCCAAAGCCGAGGAUCAUCGGCAUUGACCCGCUGCUCCUGAAGAAGGGUAACUUGGAGGAGAUCAACCGUCACUUCAGUGACUUCCACAGCUACAGCCCUCCGAGUUACUCAGAGGAGGUUUGGGAGCCCGUCGCCGUUGACAACAAGAGCUGA